UAAAAGGUCCCAGUUGGUGAGCCCUCCACCAGUGACCGAGCUUUAGUCCCGGUUGGUGAACCUUUUAUCCCGGGCCAACUUUAAACUGGGACAAAAGGGGGCGCAUCGAAAGCCAAUUCUCUAUUAGUGUGUGGAUGUGGGGAGACAAAGCAUGGAGGGACAAAUGUGAUCUAGAAGUGGUAGUCAAGUGGAAAUUGUUGGUGUAAGAAAGGUAGCAACUUAGUGAAGUCUAGGAGGAGAGAUUUGUCAACGUGUCAUUGGUGGGUGACAUAUCUACGGUAGAAACUACUGGGUGCAAGCAUAUCGGAGAGUGAGUUUGGAUUCGAUCAUAGGGAAAGAGAAAUUGGAAGUGCAUUAUUGAUCAUUUUCACCAAAAUAUAGUGAAAGCCUCUAACCGAUCAAUUAAUUAACUCAAUCACCAACGAAGUUCAAUUGAAGAGCAUUGGAACCGUUGGGACGGUUGUGUUGAUCGAGAAUAUUGAUCGUGCCCAGCGAAAUGGAGUGACAAUUCAAGAUCGAAUCAACACUCGGGAGCUCUAUGUACAAGCAGAGGGAUUCGAAUCCAACUUAAUGCACUAUUGUUUGUUGCUCCAAGCCUCCUGCACAAUGAGAGUGGAUAAAUAGAAAUAGUUAUGGCCAUCCACUUAAAAAAGGCCAGGAUGUCACCAAGUUUAUAAUUAGGAAGAUCUCAUUAUCGUACAUACAUCUAUGGGCCCACCAGAAGGUUUGGACAAUCCUAAAUAUGGGGCUGGACAUCAAGACGUAGGUGCAGUACAGUGUAGUCUACAUGGCAAGACAGGAACUAGUCGAGGAUUAGGAAAAGUAAUCGUGGCAAUAAGAGUAGAACUCGUCUAGUUGAAUCCGACUGGUAUUUUUGUAACCAACCGACCUGUAACCCUACCCCCGGCAAUAUAAGGCGAGGCAUGUACCCCCUCCAAAGCAAUUCAAUCCAACCAACACACAGGACGUAGGGUAUUACGCUAUUCAGCGACCCGAACCUGUCUAAAUCAUGUGUCUACAUUUACCUUCGAGUUCCUGAUCUUGACGAGCCCUAUUAACCAAAAUACUAUCUCAGGCACCCCUCUCGGUAAGUUGCCGGGUCUAAACACCGACACUCAUUGAGGACUAUGAUGAUGAGAGUCGCACUCCAAGCUUGGAGGCACCCAAUGAAAGAAGACCUCUGGGAAGGAAACAAAAGAAGGAGAGUAUUAAGAAGGGAGAAUGAUGGUCUUGUAUUCUUGUUUGCGGUGCAAGAGAUGAUCAUAACAAAGAAGGAGAUGUAGGCCAUGAGGAAGAAUGAAAAGGAAUCAAGGUGGAUGAAGGUCAAGUCACUGGAGAAGUGAAGGUGGCAUAUGGGGAGCAUAAUUUGGUGAUUGAAGAGAAGUUGAGAGUCCUUGGACAAGAGGUGCAAGCAAAGAAGAUGAAAGCAAAAAUCAAGAUCAUGUUUAUGGAAACUAGUGGGAUUGGAGGAUGAGACAAGCACCGUGGGGAACGAACAGGGUGGCACAGCAGAGGGCGAGAGAGACAUCCAGCUCGGCGCAGUGGUGGCCAUCCUCUCCUUCACCGUGAUGCUCCCCGGUCUCUCCUUCAGUUCAGCGGUGGCAAAGGGCCCGGAGAACUGGCGCCUCGACAUCCUCAUGCUCUUCGCAUUCGCUUCUUGCAUCUGUGGCUUAUCGUUCAUGCUCCUGAGCAUGCAGCUGCUGGGGGCUCCGGAGACCCGUGCCUCCUUGCACCGGAUCAUCUCUCGCUGCCUCUUCUAUGCCUGCAUCGCCUUGCCAGCGCUGACAAUACUCAGCCUGCUGCUGGUCAUGCCGUUCAAGCUUUUCCUCUACGUUGGUCUCGCUGUCCCUCCGUUGGUGGUAGUGACGGUUGCCGGCGUCCACUGGUACGUCAAGAGCAGGAGCGAGGGAACAACAAAGCCGGACAUCACGGCCGAGUUGAAGGAGCAGGAGAAGGAGAUGGAAUCCAACUCUAAGAUCACCGGGGCCUUGAUGGCCUCGUCGUUCGGGGGCCUCGUCGGCACGCUCGCAGCCUUGGACAAACAAUCGGGAGACACCGGCGGCGACACCCUCCGCGGCACCCACGUCGCCAUCAUGUUCAUGUUCAGCACAGCCGUGACGAGCGUUCUCCUGAUGGUUCUUUCGAUGGUGGCGCUGAAGAUUGAAAGCAGAGUGCACAGGCGGUCCAUCGUCGGAGCAAUCAGGCAUGCAAACGUCAUCCUGCUCGGCUUGAUCGCCGUCGCCGCAUUCUCGGCGGCAUUUGUGGUCCUCAGAUUCUACAUACUCACCGCGUUCGUCUCCGUGGCCCUCGCCGCCAUGGUCCAGUUCAUCAUCGAGCAUUGCACAACUGCCAAAGUCGAUGCUGAUGAACCGGUUGAAGGCAGGCAAGAUGACAGCAACGACGUGCAUCCAGACCCGAACCCGAUCCAGGAGACGCAGCUCGGGUGGAUGGCUGACAUAGGCAAACAGGUGACUGCGUGGUCGCUGGGAGGAGUCAUGGUAAUCUUUGGACGCUUCAUUGGAGAUUCGGACAAAAAUCACGACAAGGCCGCGGCAAACAAGACCUGCAUGUUCCUGCUGACCUCGGCGUUUGCAUCCGGGCUCGGGCUCAUGUUUCUGAUGAACUUCGGGUCCGGAGGUCGUCCAGCCAGAGUUGUCAUCAACGCGGCCACCAACAUACUGGCUUGCUCGGCCCUGGGGAUGAUUGCAGCAGCCGCACUUGCUAUCUACGGCGUGGUAGUCAUGAAGUCGUAGCAACGAAGAAUCUCACAUCCUCACUGAACAUUUUUGCGCCACCAUGCACCACGGCAACGACGGAUGACUAAGUAUAGCUCACUGCAUUCUGUAUUGUUUUAUUCUAUAUGAUAUUCUGAUGUUCUGAGCGGUAGAUCAUGGAACAAACAAAUUAUGCACGCCUAAUGCGUGCCCAUAGGCCAUAGGGUCCAUUGAUUUUACAAGCAAUAACUACUGAUUGACAUCUUUCAUGACCCUGAAACCGCAGCUUUGCUGUUGUAAUUC